UAAAUUAUUAUCUGUGGCAGACACUUCGGUCCACUUCGGUCAAACAUGACAGGACAAUGAAUUCAGCGUUUCAAUUUCAGUGUAGGAUAGGUUUAAACAUAAGAAUUCAAUUUGAAUAGUUUAAAGGAAAUGCUUCCAUCAACUGGGUAUUUCAAAGGAAUUAAUUGUCCUUUUUAUGAUAGCGGGUUAUGCGAGAGACCUUAUUGUCAUUUUCGCCAUGUUAAGAAGGAAUCAUUAUGUGUUAAUAAUGAUGGCAUUGAAAGUGGAGCGAUUCUACAAAAAUUGGUGUCGGCAGCGGUUCAGAAGGUUCUCCAGCAAACAGACACGAAUACUACAGUAAAUACAACACAACUCGCAACUGUUAAUGUCGAGGACAAGAGUAUAGUAAGUUGUGUGCAGGCUGCAAGUAAAAUUACCUACAACCCCACACCCAUUUCGGAGCUCAAUAAAAUAUCCUGUACCGAUACUGAUAAUAAUGAAGACAAUGAAUUAAGAAAACGGCAUAUACCAGUACCAUACACCCCUAGAAAGCCUGCUAGUGUGCCUAUCAAAAGACCUCCAGACACUAAUGGUUCAUCAAAACCUUUUAUUUAUAAUCCACCACCACUCAAAUACUCACCAGGUAGUGCUGAAUUGGUGCAAAUUGAUCCAUAUACACCAAAAGGUACAAUUGAGUCCAAAGAUAAAUACUUGCCAGGUACUCAGUCAGUAGAAGUGCAAGAGUAUACACCAAAAGAGACCAUACAACAUUCUUCCAAUAAACAAAAUUACAUUCCAUCAGACAGAAGUAUAAGUAAAAAGAAGAUAUUAGAAUAUAAACCUGUUAAGAUUAACCCUAAAGCUGCCACACCAUCUGUUACAUAUCAACCGACCCCGCGUUCCCAAGUUCCAUACUUUUCGAGUGACGAAGAAGAACCUGAUAAUAAAAAGAGAAAGAUAUCUGGUGACUUAAAUGAAUUAGAUGACUUAGGACCAGAAUUUGAUAUCCUAGAUCAAAUAUUAGAUGAAGAGAAACAGGGUGAUAUUACUUUAGAUAAAAAUAAAACAAAAAAAGAGACAGCACAUACAGCUAAAGAAAAUAACAGAUAUAAGGAAAGCUCUGAAAAUAAAGACAAAAAACUAGAUGGAAAAAAACAAAACGAAAUUAAAGAAUCCGCUAAGACAUCACAAAGUAGUAAAUCUAGAUCUGAUAAGAGUCACAAGUCUUCAACACAUGACAGAGAAAAGAGUAAACACAGAAGCAAAAGUUCUGAUAAAACAACACAAAAAAGCUCAAGUAAAGAACACAAUCAAGAUAGAAGUAAAGAUGUUAAAAAGAAGGAUGAUAAAUAUUCAAAACAAAAGAAAGAUAAAAGUAGUGAGAAAAAACACAAUUCUAGUUCAAACAUUUCAGAUGACAAAUCUAAACAUAAGAAGUAUUUCUCAAAAGAUUCAGAUAAGCAUUCAAGGCAUUCUAGUAGUUCAAAAUCCAAAGAGAGGCAUAAAGACAAAAAUCACAAGGCUUCCAAAAGUUCUAGAGAAUCUAAAGAAAAACAUAAAAAAAGAAAGAAAGAUAAAGUUAAUGAUUUAUCAGAUAGUGAUAAUCAUUAUCAAGAGUCAGCCAGUUUAGAUUUAAAUGAAGAUGAGCUGUCUGUCUUAUCUGAUUCUGAUGAAGAGAGUAGAGCAUUGGAAUGUAAAAGAAUAUUUGAAGAGUAUGUUCCUGAACCUGUUGAAAAAAAUAAUACAGAUGUAGAAAACAAGGUUGAAAAUGAACAAGAAAAUGAAUAUAUACCCACCAAGAAACGAAUUUCUAGAACUGGUGAUAAAAACAUUAAGGUUACCCCAAGGGCACCUAUAAAACCAGAUUACAAAGUUAAUGCUGCACAAGCAAUGGCUGAAAGACUACAGAAAGUUAGAGAAUUUCAUGCUUCUAAGAAUCCACCACAGGUACCUGAUAGUAGUAGAAUUAUAACAAAAACAGAUGUAAAUAAAAUCCUGCCCAAUAAUACUCCUUCAAGUGGUACCACUAAAAUUCGCAUUGCCCAUGUGCCUUAUGCAUCAACUAUGAUAAAUGCAAAGAAAACUAUUCAGCCAAGUAUUAGUGCCUCUAAAAGUGAACCUUCAACAAGUAACAGUACCAUAGUGCAGACCAUCAAGAAAGGAGCUCAAAGAGUUGCGCAUAUCCCUAAUGAUAAGUUCAUUGACCGUCCAGGUGUGUUAGAGCCAUUGGCCUCUAAAAUUGCUGCAAACAUUAGAUCAACUUACUUAAACAUGAUGAUUGAUGAGUGUUUAAAAAUUUACCUUAGUGCAACAGAUGCAUAUGCUAGAGCUCAACAUGAAGAACUGGCUACAAGUAAAAAGUGCUCUACUGUACAAAUAUACAAAAACUCUGCUGUUUUAACUGUAAGCAGAUUACGGAAAGAACUACAAGAAUGUAAUGGUGUGAAAAAGUCUGGUUCUGAUUGUAUAACGCUACAGAAACUUCCAAACACAAUAUCAGGGAAAUCUAAUAAUACUGGGUCUUGGAGUAUAGAAAACAAAAAUAGGAAACUGAUUGACACACAAGAAUUUAGUGGACCUAGACUGUACGAUAAUAUUAAAAAAUGGAUUUUAACAGAAGAACAGUUGAGAGAAAAUGGCUUCCCUAGACCUCAUCCCAGUGGUGAGAAAGGUAGAGCUACAAUAUAUAGCCAGAAUAAGCAAAAACCACCAAAAGGGUUAAUUAGAACAUGUUGUAGGUGUAAGAAAGAUUAUACUGUAGAUAAAAAAGGGUUCCCUGCAUUCAAAGAAGAAUGUAUUUAUCAUCCUAAUAAUAAAUACAGAGUCCGUGGAGAGGCACGAUACCAAUGUUGCAGUCAAGAUGGAACUAGUGAUGGAUGUUGUAUAGCACCAUCUCAUGUAUAUGAAUAUGUUGAUUAUGAUAACUUGAGAGGAUAUGUAACAACCUUGCCACCAGAAGUUAUAAGGGAUGAUUAUGGUGUAUAUUCUUUAGAUUGUGAAAUGUGUUAUACAACCCAUGGCUUGGAUUUAACUAGAGUUACAGUGAUAAAUUCUUCUUGCAAAGUUGUUUAUGAAACUCUUAUAAAACCUUUACACCCUAUUAUUGAUUACAAUACAAGAUAUUCUGGAAUUACUGAAGAACACAUGGCCAAAGUGAGAACAACACUGUUAGAAGUUCAGGCUACUCUUUUAACCAUGUUUAAUAGUAAAACUAUCCUGAUUGGACACAGUUUAGAAUCUGACUUUAAAGCCCUUAAACUAGUGCAUGAGACUGUUAUCGACACAAGUGUUUUGUUUCCUCAUAAAAUGGGUCCUCCAUAUAAAAGAGCCUUGAGAAAUUUAUCAUCAGAAUAUCUGAAGAAAAUUAUCCAAAAUUCUGUUGAAGGUCAUGACAGUGCAGAGGAUGCUACAGUAUGCAUGGAACUCCUUCAUUAUAAAUUAAAAGAAGAUCUUAAAACCAGAUGAAUGAAUCUUUUUUGGGCUUCUCUUUUGGUUAAUUUGUUAUAAAAGUUUUUACUGGAAUUAUUAUUAAGAAUUGGUUGUUAAGAAAAAUAUGAACCAUUAUUACAGUAUAUAAAUGUUGAAUUUAUUAGUCAGUAAAAUGGAUGUAUUGUUAUUAAUGGCCUACUGUAAAUAUUAACUAUUUUUCGAAAUAGUUUAGCGACAUGUCGGUUCUUUUUAUACCUUAUUUAUUAUUUUUCCUCUGCUUAUUACACAUUAAAUAAGUUAAAAUAGGUAUUUUAACUUAUUUAAUGAAUAAUAAAAAAAACUUAAUAAUACAGCAAAACAAAUUUGUAAUUAAGGAGUAAGA